UGGAAGGCCGAGGGGCUGCCCCGGAGGGCAGAGCCGUGCAGGGCUGGAAUCCGCUCGCUGUUAUGUUUUUACUGUCUCCGCAUUAUUAUCCGUGACUUUAUGGCCUUAAUCUUCGUGGUCUGAAUGGGCGUUGCCAUCUGUUGUUCUUCAGUGGAGUUGUUGCACAACCUUGGGGCUCUUCAUGCUGCGAAGUCUUUAGAAAAACCCUGUCAAAUGCUUCAAACCAUUACAGGGCAUGGGUGGAGGUCACAUUCUAGUAAACCUGCUCAAAACUUACAUAUAGGCAAACCUGGAGCUGGCUUUAGCUUUGAACUUACUGAUGAACAGAAAGAGUUUCAAGCUACUGCUCGUAAAUUUGCUGUGGAGGAAAUUAUUCCUGUUGCUGCACAAUAUGACAAAACUGGAGAGUAUCCUCUUCCACUUAUAAAACGGGCUUGGGAACUUGGUCUUAUGAAUUCACACAUACCAGAAAGCUGUGGUGGUCUUGGCCUUGGCAGUUUUGAAGCGUGCCUUAUUACGGAAGAGUUAGCUUAUGGAUGUACAGGGGUUCAAACUGCCAUUGAAGCAAAUUCCCUAGGGCAAAUGCCAGUAAUCAUUGCAGGAAAUGAGCAUCAGCAGAAAAAAUACUUAGGAAGAAUGACAGAGGAACCAAUGAUGUGUGCUUACUGUGUAACAGAGCCUGGAGCAGGCUCUGAUGUGGCUGGUAUAAAAACAAAGGCUGAGAAGAAAGGAGAUGAAUAUGUUAUUAACGGUCAGAAGAUGUGGAUCACAAAUGGUGGGAAGGCAAACUGGUAUUUUUUGCUAGCUCGUACCAGUCCAGAUCCAAAAGCUCCUGCAAGCAAAGCCUUUACUGGAUUCAUUGUGGAAGCAGAUAGCCCUGGAAUCCAAAUUGGAAGAAAGGAAAUGAAUAUGGGUCAACGCUGCUCAGAUACAAGAGGUAUUGUCUUUGAAGAUGUGAGAGUCCCAAAAGAAAAUGUAUUAAUAGCUGAAGGAGCUGGCUUUAAAAUCGCAAUGGGAGCUUUUGAUAAGACCAGACCACCCGUAGCAGCUGGUGCUGUUGGAUUAGCAAAAAGAGCACUUGAUGAAGCUACUAGAUACGCUUUGGAGAGAAAAACCUUUGGGAAACCAAUUGUUGAACACCAAGCAGUGUCUUUCUUGCUUGCUGAAAUGGCAAUGAAAGUGGAACUUGCUAGGCUGGCUUACCAGAGAGCUGCAUGGGAAGUUGAUGCUGGUCACAGGAACACCUACUAUGCUUCCAUUGCAAAGGCUUUUGCUGGUGACAUUGCAAACCAAGUAGCUACAGAUGCAGUACAGAUUUUUGGAGGAAAUGGAUUUAAUACUGAAUAUCCUGUAGAAAAACUAAUGAGAGAUGCUAAAAUCUACCAGAUUUAUGAGGGAACUGCUCAGAUUCAAAGGAUGAUCAUAGCUCGUGAACAUGUUGGGAAAUUUAAGGCUUAAAGAAAUGUAUAAAGUGUGUCUGGCGCUGCUGUAGUGUUCUGUGUUCCCAUGGAAGAGGAUUUUAGUGCAUUUCUCAAUAGAAUUAAAAAGGCAUGGAGGAAAAAAACAACUUUUCUUCAAAAUCUUUUUAUUCUGUACAUUAUUAAGCACUACUUCUGUUCUCCCUGACCAGUCCCUCACUUCAUUCCUGCCUAACAAAGCUGAUAUUUUCUAAACAUUCUGAAUUCCAAAGUGAUUGGUUGUUCAAAUACAAAAUGGGCAAGAAAUGAGAACCUCACAAUGCAGUGUUUUCUCACUAUAAAAUUAGAUGAUCAGAAUGUUAUUUCUGACAGUCAUUGCUGCAUUCUAAUAAAAUUUUUUUUAAGAGAA